UCGCAACAGCCUCCAGCACGGCGAUAUGGCGCAGUGUCGCGAGGCAUCGUGCUGCGAGUUGAGGUUCGCGCUGGGAAGCAGGACCGCUGCCUCCAUGUUACGGAGUUUUUUAGUGUUUUUUUGGUUUUAACCAUGGCUGUCGCCACUGCCAGGGGGAGCGCCUGUUGUGUCGCGACAGGGGGCUGCUGUAUGCUGACAAGUGGGAGCCCACUGUUUCUGACUAGGCAAGAAGUGGCCUGAGGGAAUGGUUGAAAUUCAGUAGGAAUAAGUGCAGUUUUUCCUGCUUCAGUGGGACGAAGUGGGCUGGGCAGGAGCACCCCAAGAGCUGAAGAUAAUGAAACGCCACCACACGUCUUCCGGUAAGACGGGGGAGACCACUGUUGGGGGAACGGUAAAAAAAUCUCGUAAAUCAAUACAUCAACAAGGGUGUUCCAGCAAAAAAAAGGGAACAGAUGGAGGAAGAAGAAAACAAAGUCAAAAAGGAGAGCAGAUCACUCAGACAGUCAAAUGGAAAGCUAAGGAACACAGGGACAAUUCUCCUGCAGCAAAAGAAAAUGGUUCUUCAAAAGAGAUAAAGCUAACCAGUGCUGAAAUAGCAUCUUGGCAGACUCUCUCAGAGAGCAGCAAGCAGUUUCUGGAAACUGUGAUGGAUUCAGUAAUACUAUCUGUUUUGUGCCAACAAAGAGAGAGGAAAGAAGAUGUUCAGAAACACCUCAAUUUAUUGAAAGAAAGGAUGCUGAGAUUUUUCAAGACCUUAAAGGUACCUCCAGGGAAGUUGGGCAACCUGAAGAAUUUCCGGAGUCUUCAAGUAGCAGAGAAACAAAUGCUCGAGACAAAUGAAGAGUCAUUGGUACAAUUGCAGGAAGAAAUAAAUGAAGCAGAGCGAUCAGCAGAGCACGUAGAUGAAACUAUACGGCAACUACAGUACAAAAUCCAGGUGCUCAGGAACCAGUUGGAGGAAGGUGAAAAAAAGGCUAGGAAGGUAUUCCAGAAAGACUGCAGUGGAGCACUCCACCUUCCAGAACUCCCCAAGCACAGCUUAGAGGCACCCAGUCUGCAAGAAGAAAUUUUGAAGAUAAAAAAUAAGAAUGGUCUUCUAAAGGAUAUGAACACUAUUCAGCAGUCAGCUGAUAUGAAGAACAUGUUCACUCUCGUUGAAAAGAUCUAUGAGAAGGUGGAUUUCAUUUGAGAAGCCAAAACAGAUGGAGUCUGCUUUGAAGCAAGAUAACCUCUGCCAGUAUGCUAUACUAAUGCAGAACAACAAUUGUUGAUUCUGGAAACAGUGCUUUCUUCCUUAAGGUUUUAGUCUUCUGACUGCUGAAUUUCUAUUAAAACACCGUGUAUGAAUAUUGGCAUGUAAAUUCAUAGAUGCUUUUGGGGACUCUAGUGAUUUAGGUGCUCCAUCAGAAAUUUUUUUUUAACCAGUGAGGACCUCUUCUAAUGAAUAUAUAUAUUUUCUUAGGGGAAGAAAGGAAAAUGGGUUUUGGGUUUAUUUGGACAUUUCUGUAGACUUGGGCAAUGUAUUUCCUUGUGUUUGGACUUUGAUAUCAAAUAUGUAAAUCAGUAAAGGCUGUGCCUCUUAUGAAACUAAUGUUCAUUUAAGAGUUAAAUCCUCUUUAAACAUGAAGCACCUAGUAAAGAGAAGUCUGUCUAAUGCUGAGUUGCAAAUCCCCUUUCCAGCUUCAUUACCUUUUUUUAAUAAAAAAGCCUACACUGCA